CUCCUGCUCGGCUUCCUGCGGGCUGGCGUUGGGGGAGGCGGGGCAUCCGGGUUUCCUCUGCCGUGGCUUCUGCCUGCGGGGCUCUCAGCUGAUCAGGGGCCCCCAGGCCGGCCGGACUGGAAAGGUGUGAAUUAAGAACUUCGAUAAUGGAGUUAGCUCACAGCUUAUUGCUCAAUGAAGAAGCAUUGGCUCAAAUCACCGAAGCAAAGAGACCAGUGUUUAUCUUUGAAUGGUUAAGAUUUCUUGAUAAAGUCCUAGUUGCUGCCAACAAGACAGAUGUAAAAGAAAAACAGAAAAAACUUGUUGAACAAUUAACUGGAUUAAUCAGCAGCUCACCUGGACCACCUACUCGAAAAUUGUUGGCUAAGAACCUUGCAGCCCUGUAUAGCAUUGGGGAUACGUACACCGUUUUUCAGACCCUAGAUAAGUGUAAUGACAUUAUCAGAAGUAAGGACGACACCGCAGCCUACCUACCAACAAAACUGGCAGCGGUGGCUUGUGUUGGAGCGUUUUAUGAGAAGAUGGGAAGGAUGUUGGGCAGUGCGUUUCCAGAAACAGUGAACAACCUGCUGAAGUCUCUGAAGAGCGCAGAGUCUCAAGGGCGAAGUGAGAUCUUAAUGAGUCUGCAGAAAGUGCUGACUGGAUUGGGUGGUGCAGCAGCGUCCUCUCACCGUGACAUUUACAAGAAUGCUCGAUCCCUCCUAACCGACAGGUCGAUGGCUGUCCGAUGUGCAGUGGCCAAGUGUCUUCUGGAACUACAGAAUGAGGCUGUGUUCAUGUGGACCGCUGAACUAGAAAACAUAGCUACCCUCUGCUUUAAGGCUCUGGAAAACUCAAAUUAUGGGGUCCGGGUCGCAGUGUCUAAACUUCUAGGAACAGUCAUGGCCACAGCGUUGAUGCCAAAACAGGCAACAGUUAUGCGUCAGAAUGUGAAGCGAGCAACGUUUGAUGAGGUCUUAGAACUCAUGGCCACAGGAUUUCUGCGUGGAGGGUCCGGCUUCCUCAAGAGUGGUGGAGAGAUGUUGAAAGUCGGAGGGUCUGUUAACCGUGAAGUGAGAGUCGGGGUGACCCAGGCCUACGUUGUCUUCGUGACGACACUGGGGGGCCAGUGGCUGGAGCGGAGCUUUGCCACAUUUUUGUCACAUGUGCUCGAUCUGGUUUCCCACCCGCGAGCGACACAAACACACGUGGACGCUGUGUACUCGAGGCGGUGCGUCUCCUUCAUCCUGAGAGCCACUGUGGGCAGUUUGCUGGGGGAGAAAGCCCAGAUCGCAGCUGCCAAGGAAAUCUGCCAGGCCAUCGGGAAACAGAUGAAAGCCGUGGAAGCUGUAGUGAACGACACAAGCAGUGAGAACAAGUCUGGAGCUGCAGACAUCGCGGCAAGCCAGCACGUCAUGGUCUGCGCCCUCCAGGAGCUCGGGAGCCUGGUGCAGAGCCUGAAUGCCACCGCUUCUCCUCUCAUUCAGGAAGCUUCCAUAGGACUUUUGGAGAUUGUGACGUCUGUGCUCCUUCACCCAAGCAUGGCUGCUCGGCUUGCCGCCGCCUGGUGUCUGCGUUGUGUGGCUGUGGCAUUGCCCUUCCAGGUGACACCGUUUCUAGAUAGGUGUGCAGAACGGCUCAACAACCUCAAGACUUCACCGGAAGCCGUCAGUGGAUACAGUUUUGCAAUGGCCGCUUUGUUGGGUGGAGUGCAUCAGUGUCCUUUGGGAAUUCCUCAUGCCAAAGGAAAGAUGGUAGUCAGUAUUGCUGAAGACCUGUUACGGACUGCUGCCCAAAACAGCAGGCUGUCUCUGCAGCGCACCCAAGCUGGCUGGCUUCUGCUUGGCGCACUCAUGACUUUAGGACCGUCUGUUGUUCGUUACCAUCUACCUAAGAUGUUGCUAUUGUGGCGAAACGUGUUCCCACGUUCCUUAAAGGAACUGGAAGCUGAGAAGGCCCGAGGAGAUUCUUUUACCUGGCAGGUAACUCUGGAAGGUCGUGCUGGAGCUUUAUGUGCCAUGAGGAGCUUUGUUGCACAUUGUCCUGAGCUCUUAACUGAGGAUGCAAUUAGGAAAUUAAUGACUCCUAUCGAAUGUGCCAUGACCAUGAUGUCACACAUUCCAUCUGUAAUUAAGGCCCACGGAGCCCAUCUGAAAGCUAGUGCUGCGAUGGUCCGGUUAAGACUUUACGAUAUUUUGGCUUUAUUACCUCCAAAAACUUACGAAGGGUCUUUCAACGCACUUCUCAGAGAACUGGUAGCAGAAUUCACUCUGACGGACAACUCGGCCAACACAACUACCUCGCUGCUCCGGUCCCUCUGCCAUUACGAUGACAGCGUGCUUCUGGGUUCCUGGCUUCAGGAAACUGAUCACAAGUCCAUUGAAGACCAGCUCCAGCCGAACAGCGCUUCCGGAAGUGGGGCCCUGGAACACGACCCUUCUUCCAUUUACUUACGGAUACCUGCUGGCGAAGCCGUGCCCGGUCCCCUCCCUCUUGGGGUCUCAGUGAUUGAUGCCUCUGUGGCUCUUUUUGGUGUUGUGUUUCCACAUGUUUCUUAUAAACACAGGUUACAAAUGCUGGACCACUUUGCUGAGUGUGUGAAGCAAGCCAAGGGUGUGCGCCAGCAGGCCGUGCAGCUCAACAUAUUCACUGCUGUUCUCAGUGCACUGAAGGGUUUAGCUGAAAACAAGAGUACUUUGGGACCUGAGGAAGUCCGUAAAUCUGCUCUGACACUGGUGAUGGGCGCUCUUGACAACCCGAACCCCAUCUUGCGGUGCGCAGCAGGGGAAGCCCUGGGAAGAAUGGCUCAGGUGGUGGGGGAGGCGUCUUUCAUCGCGCGAAUGGCCCAGUACAGCUUUGACAAGUUGAAGUCGGCUCGAGAUGUGGUAUCCAGGACUGGCCAUUCACUGGCCCUUGGCUGUUUGCAUCGUUACGUUGGUGGCAUAGGAUCAGGACAGCACCUGAAGACCAGUGUCAGCAUCCUGUUGGCUCUGGCUCAAGAUGGGACGUCCCCUGAAGUUCAGACGUGGUCUCUUCAUUCACUUGCCCUGAUAGUCGAUUCUAGUGGCCCAAUGUACCGUGGCUACGUGGAACCCACACUGUCUCUAGUUCUCACCCUGCUGUUGACGGUUCCGCCCUCACACACGGAAGUCCACCAGUGUCUGGGCCGGUGCUUGGGUGCCAUCAUAACUACGGUUGGACCAGAACUGCAAGGAAAUGCAGCGACCAUUUCCACCAUCCGCUCCUCCUGUCUGGUGGGUUGUGCCAUCACCCAGGACCAUUCCGACUCUCUCGUUCAGGCAGCUGCCAUCUCUUGCCUUCAGCAGCUUCACAUGUUUGCCCCACGACACGUCAAUCUGUCUAGCCUUGUUCCUAGCCUUUGUGUAAGUAUACAGCUAUGUCAGGUCUCUGUGUUACUCUGGGAGCUUUAUGUCAGUCCUUUCGUACCUGGAGUUAGUCAUCGAGGUGAUAUCCAUUGCCGGCACCAGGGCGUUAAUAUAACCGACACGGGGCUUGAAGGGCUUCUGUUUGGGAUGCUAGAUCGAGAGACAGACCGGAAACUGUGCUCUGAUAUUCAUGACACCUUGGGACACAUGCUGUCUUCACUGGCAGUUGAAAAGCUUUCCCACUGGCUAAUGCUUUGUAAAGAUGUCUUGGCAGCUUCCAGUGAUAUGAGUACGGCAACACUCUUAAGCAGUGGAAAAGACGAAGAAUCUGAAAAGAAAGAUGAGAUGGAUGACGAUACCAUGUUCACUACCCUGGGGGAGGAAGACAAAUCAAAGCCCUUCGUAGCUCCCCGCUGGGCCACACGGGUGUUCGCUGCAGACUGCUUGUGCCGCAUCAUCAACCUGUGUGAGAAUGCCGACCAGGCUCACUUCGACCUUGCCAUGGCGCGUUCUGCUAAACUGCGCAACCCUAAGAAUGACCUCUUAGUCCUGCAUCUCUCUGACCUGAUUCGCAUGGCAUUCAUGGCUGCAACUGACCAUAGCAACCAGCUGCGAAUGGCUGGGCUACAGGCACUUGAAGACAUUAUCAAGAAGUUUGCAUCUGUGCCUGAGCCAGAAUUUCCAGGUCAUGUGAUCCUGGAGCAAUAUCAAGCUAACGUGGGAGCUGCCCUAAGACCAGCCUUUUCACAAGACACACCCUCAGAUAUAAUAGCUAAAGCUUGCCAGGUGUGCAGCACGUGGAUCGGCAGUGGUGUGGUCAGCGACCUCAAUGAUCUCCGUCGGGUACACAACCUGCUCGUGUCCUCUCUGGACAAAGUCCAGGCUGGAAAGGGAUCUUCCAGCCAACUGUACCGAGAGAGUGCCACCACCAUGGAGAAGCUGGCCGUCCUCAAGGCAUGGGCAGAGGUAUAUGUGGUUGCUAUGAAUAUUAAAAAGGAAGCAGAGUCCAAACCAAAGAGAGCAAUUAAAAACCCUGAUGAUGAUGAUGACGACUAUGGUACCAUGGAUGAACUGCCGCCAGAUAGUUUGAUAACCCUGGUGCAGCCUGAGCUGCCCACACUCAGCCGCCUGUGGCUGGCCGCGCUGAGGGACUACGCGCUGUUGACUUUACCAGCUGAGUUUUCUAGUCAGCUGCCCCCGGAUGGUGGGGCGUUUUAUACUCCCGAGACCAUCGAUACAGCGAGACUUCACUACCGGAACUCCUGGGCCCCGAUUCUCCAUGCGGUGGCCCUUUGGUUGAACAGCACAGGAUUUACAUGUCCGGAGGCCACCGAAGCAGCAGCCGUGUCUGGUGGACAGAAACGCUCCCCAGCUGUCACUUUAAACCCGGUGCCCGGAGCAAUGGCUAGUGCUAAACCCUUGCCAGAAGUGAACAGAGACAGAAUGCACCUGAUCCUAGGUGUGAGUAUACAGUUCCUUUGCGCCCCUCGGCCGGAGGAGCCCGUUGACCAUGUCACAGCAUGCCUGCAGGCCCUACACACCUUACUGGGCUCUCCUUAUGCACGAGUCCACAUUGCAGAAGAUCAGCUGAUUGGUGUUGAGUUGCUAAGUGUCCUACACCGUCUGCUGCUGACCUGGAACCCGCCCUCCAUCCAGUUGCUGGUCACUGGGGUUGUGCAGCAGAUCGUCAGGGCUGCUCAGGAUCAUUUACAGGAGAAGAGAAGCACCCUAAAUGAAGAGGACAUGGAAAAAGAGUCCUGUCCCACCCUAGGAGAAGGAGGUGACAGCGGUGGCCUCAUCCCUGGAAAGUCUCUUGUGUUUUCAACCAUGGAGCUGUUGAUGUUCAUUUUAGUGCGGCAUAUGCCACACCUGAGUACUAAGAUGUCGGACUCUCCGAGUCACAUGGCCACAAAAACUCGCCUGUCAGAAGAAAGUGCUCGUUUGGUGGCGGCCACGGUGGCCAUUCUGUCCGAUUUGCCAUCCCUCUGCUCACCAGCUGGCUGUAUGACAAUCCUGCCCACAAUUCUGUUCUUAAUUGCAAGAAUAUUAAAAGACACAGCAAUAAAGUCUGCAGACAAUCAGGUUCCUCCUCCAGUCAGCGCAGCUCUGCAGGGGAUAAAAAGCAUCGUGACACUUCCGAUGGCCAAAACCGAAGAAACUCAGAAACAGUGGACGGCUCUGAUCCGGAGCACUCUUGCCUGCAUCCUGGAAUAUUCACAACCAGAUGAUUCUACGCCUGCGCCCGAUGAAGUGAGCACAUUGACAGCCAUAGCACUCUUCCUGUGGUCUGCCAGCACUGAGAUAAUAGGAGUGCAGUCCCUGCAGAACGGCUGCAUGAACAGAUUUAAAAGUGCGCUGAACUCAUGUGACCCGUGGGUUCAAGCCAAAUGCUACCAGCUUCUCCUCUCCGUCUUCCAGCAUUCCAAUCGCGCCCUUUCAACUCCCUACAUCCAUUCAUUAGCCCCGCUAGUGGUUGAAAAGCUAAAGGCUGUCGAAAGAAACCGACCAGCCAGUAACACAGAACUUUUGGCUGUCCAAGAAGGAAUUAAAGUUCUUGAAACAUUGGUUGCUCUUGGAGAAGAACAGAACAGAGUCCAGUUACUCGCUCUUUUAGUGCCCACUUUGAUCUCUUACCUGCUGGAUGAAAAUUCUUUUGCCUCAGCAAGUUCCGUCUCCAAAGAUCUUCAUGAGUUCGCACUCCAGAACUUAAUGCAUAUCGGACCUCUGUACCCACAUGCUUUCAAGACGGUAAUGGGGGCCGCUCCUGAACUGAAAGUGCGCCUAGAAACUGCUGUUCGAGCCAGCCAAGCCAGCAAAGCCAAAGCGGCUGCCAGGCAGCCGGCCCCUGCCACACAUUCUGCACCGACGAUUAAGCUAAAAACAAGCUUUUUUUAGUGUGUUCUUCCAGUCCUUUUUUUUUGUAUUUAUAUUUUAGGUAGUGAGUGACAACCUCUGCAUCAUUCCAGACUAUGGAUUGUUUUAUUUGUGUAUUGGAAUUAUAAUGCUUUGAAGUUGAUUGAGUGAAAUAGUGUUCACACCUCUUACUGAUUUUUAAAGAUCAUGUGGUAAAUAUAUUUCCAUUUUUAUCCUAAUGAUAUCUAUCUUUUGUUGACUUUUUUGUUGUUACUGUUUGGGAGUUUAGGUUUUGGGUUUUGUUACUGGUGAUUGGACUCAGAGCCUUGCUCAUUCUAAGCAUGCGCUGUGCUGUGGCAUACACCCCUAGGCCCUAAUUAACUUAUUUUUGUAGACACCAAGCCAUGGUCUUUUAAAUGUAAAUGCUAAAAUCAUAAUUACAUCAUGUAGUUGGGCAGCCUUUGGGUAUUAUCAGGAAAAUAAAAUGACUCAGACUUUA